CACUUGAGAAAAUUAAAGAGCAGAGAAGAGAAGAAAAACAUGGAACUGAUACAUGGAUUUCCAUUACUGUACCAGCAAUUUACGGCUUUGUUCAAGAAAAACCUGUUGCUUUCAUGGAGAAACAAGAGUGCAACGUUCCUGCAGCUCUUCUCUUCUUUCUUCUUCAUGUUCUUGUUGUUUGGUAUCCAGAAGGCAUCUGAUUCUCGCUCAAAAGCAACGACGGGGUACAAAACCGUGACGAAUCCACAGCCUAUGUGGGAAUCGCCCAUCCCUCCUUGUGAGGAAAAGUUCUAUGUUAAAAUGCCUUGUUUUGAUUUCGUUUGGAGUGGAAAUGAUAGUUCUAGAAUUGGCAAUAUCGUGACAGCCAUCAUGAAUAAUAAUCCUAAUAGGCGAAUUCCCUCUGGAAAGGUUAAAUCAUUCAAAACACCAGAGGAAGUAGAUGAUUGGCUUUUUAGAAAUCCUAUGCAAGUCCCAGGAGCUUUGCAUUUUGUGGAUGUAAGCCCCAGUUUAAUCACCUAUGGUCUACAGACUAACUCUACCGCAAUUGCUCGGCGAGGCCAUUAUGAAGAUCCCACCUUCAAAUUUCAAAUUCCACUUCAGAUUGCAGCAGAGCGUGAGAUUGCUCGUUCUAUUAUUGGAGUUCCAACCUUUACAUGGAAUGUCGGACUCACGGAAUUUGCACACCCUGCAAAACCUACCUUUUCUGCGGUGGCUACAGUAGGACCUGCCUUUUUCCUGGCAUUCACCAUGUUCGGAUUUGUGUUGCAAAUCAGUAAUUUGGUGGCCGAGAAAGAGCUCAAACUUCGCCAGGCAAUGAAUAUGACUGGUCUCUAUGAAUCUGCAUAUUGGACCUCGUGGCUCAUAUGGGAGGGGAUUAUCACGUUUAUUUCAUCACUCUUACUGGUUCUUUUUGGAUUGAUGUUUCAGUUCGAUUUUUUCAAGAAAAACAGUUUCGGAGUUCUGUUCUUUGUGUUCUUCCUUUUCCAGGUCAACAUGAUUGGUUUUGCCUUCAUGCUGUCGACCCUCAUCAGCAAGGCCUCUUCAGGCACAACAAUGGGUUUCUCCAUAUUUAUAGUUGGUUUUAUGACGCAGAUUGUUACAAUAGCUGGAUUUCCGUACAAAAAAAGCAUUAGUUCUUUCUUGCGCUUCAUCUGGUCAUUCUUCCCACCAAAUCUUCUUGCAAAAGCAGUAAAUGUGCUAUCUGAUGCAAGUAGCACUCCUGAAGCUCUCGGAAUUAGCUGGAAAGGCCGAUCAAAGUGUCCACCUGACGAUGAUGAUUGUGUGAUGACAAUUAAUGAUGUUUACACAUGGCUCAUAUGUCUGUUCAUUCUCUGGUUUGCUUUGGCAAUCUACUUCGAUAAUAUAUUCCCAAAUGUAUCUGGUGUGAGAAAAUCUGUAUUUUACUUCUUCAAGCCCGGGUAUUGGACAGGGAAAGGUGGAGACAAGGUCGAAGAGGGUGGCUUGUGUAGUUGCAUAACUGAUAUCCCGCAGCAAGAGCAUAUUGUUCCAGAUGAUGAAGAUGUGCUUGAAGAGGAGAACAUCGUCAAAAAUGAUGCAAGAGACGGCACAGUCAACCCAGAUAUUGCAGUUCAGAUACGUGGACUUGGAAAGACGUAUCCUGGGGCCACACAUAUUGGUUGUUUCAAAUGCAAGAAGACUUCACCUUACCAUGCUGUUAGGGACUUGUGGGUCAACUUCACAAAGGAUCAGUUGUUUUGUCUUCUUGGACCCAAUGGUGCUGGAAAAACUACAACAAUCAAUUGCCUGACCGGCAUAACACCUGUGACCGGUGGAGAUGCCUUGGUUUAUGGACAUUCCGUUCGAAGCACGGUUGGCAUGUCAGGCAUUCGGAAAAUUAUAGGAGUUUGUCCACAGUUUGACAUCCUCUGGGAUGCACUGUCUGGUGAAGAACACCUCGAACUCUUUGCAAGUAUUAAAGGUCUACCCCCGGCUUCUAUCAAAUCGGUUGCUCGAGAAUCGUUGGCGCAGGUGAAACUAACCGAAUCAGCCAAGGUAAGAGCCAGGAGUUACAGUGGAGGAAUGAGGCGCCGUCUGAGUGUUGCAAUAUCCCUUCUUGGUGACCCGAAGUUAGUCAUUUUGGAUGAGCCGACCACUGGUAUGGACCCAAUAUCAAGAAGGCAUGUCUGGGAUAUCAUACAGAACACAAAGAAAGGUCGCGCCAUUGUUCUAACAACUCAUUCGAUGGAAGAGGCUGACAUUCUAAGUGACCGUAUAGGAAUUAUGGCCAAGGGUAGGCUCCGAUGCAUUGGAAACUCGAUCAGGUUGAAGUCAAAGUUCGGCACUGGUUUUAUUGCUAAUGUGAGAUUUGGCGAUACCAAUGGUGGACACACUCCUGCCCGCUCGCCAGGAGAUACUUCGUCAGUUCAUCAUGAGGCUGUGAAGAAGUUCUUUAAAUCUCAUUUGGAUGUAACACCAACAGAGGAGACCAGAUCCUUCUCGACUUUUGUCAUUCCUCAUGAUAAAGAGAGCGUUUUAAAGAAUUUCUUUGCGGAGCUUCAAGCUAGACAGAGAGAAUUCAACGUAUCAGACAUCCAGCUUGGCCUUGCAACUCUUGAAGAGGUCUUCCUGAACAUUGCCAAGCAAGCAGAAUUAGAAAGUGCUGCAGCUGAGGGGAAGAUGGUUACUCUGGACUUAACUUCUGGAAAGUCGGUUCAGAUACCAGUGGGAGCUAGAUUUGUAGGAGUCCCAGAAACAAACUCGCCGGAGAAUCCUGGUGGCACUAUGGUUGAAGUAUACUGGGAGCAGGAUGAUUCAGGGUCACUCUGCAUCUCUCGCCACUCUGCUGAAAUGCCUGUGCCUCGUAAUGUUCAGCCAUUGCCUUCGGAACCGCAACUGUUGCCCAGAACAAACAUACUAGGAGGCCAGAGGAGAGGACCAGCUUAUGGAAUGGUCUAUGAUUCCGAUCAGAUUAUUGCUGCUCAAUCUCGAUAAUGCAAUAUAUAUAUAUAUAUAUAUAUAUAUUUGAAUCCUGCGUUAUUUAUUUGUAACACACUAGCGGGCAGGCAGAAUAUUCGUUUUAGUUUAUCUUAUUUGUAUUUAAUCCUUCGUGAAUAUUUUGGAUUUAUUCAACGGGUACUGAUUUUAUUUUUGAGCAA